CGCGAUAAUUGUCGCUCCGCGAGGCCUCUGCUUCGUCAGCGCAGAUGCCAGUAUUCCCCACGCUUUCGACGCCAGGUCUCCCACGGCCUCACAUUCCUCCAGCCCUGCAUUGACGUCGUCCGACGCGCUGCAUGACGCGUUAUCCGCUAGCGGUACUAACGGCGUUUCGGACAGCCGUGCCAAUCGCAGUAGCCUGGUUCGGACUGAGCAUCGCUCCGAGCCCCGUGUCGGCGGCAGCCUCGGCUGAGGAGCUCGGCGCCGUCAGCCUCAUGCGGGCGCCGGUGGCUUGUGCACCAUGCAGCGCCGACGUGCAGCACAUCACAUUCCGCUCGGCGCGGCCAGGGCGGCACGUGGGCCAGCUGACGGAGGCACGCAAGUUUGUUGUACGUCCAGCGGCACGACGCGCGAGGCCUGCGCGGAGUGGGGGAGGAACCGCCCUGCCGUAACAGUUAGGCUCAUUCCUCGGAGGCUCCAACUCGGUCCGAGACAAGCCUAGGCUCGGUACUGCGGUACUGCGGAUGCGCCUCGGAUGUUAUG